UGGGAUUUUAUCACUGAAUAUCGUAUAAACUCAUGUGUAUAGAAAAAUCAUAUUAAAAGAGACAUUUUGUGAUAUUAAUAUUAUUUAGGCCUGUAUUUCCAACUAAAUCCCCACAAGCUCGUUUGUAAUACUAAUUACUGAUGGCUGAACCAAAGGUGGUUUGUUAAAUAUUUACUGGGAAAGAAUGAAUAAAAGUUUGACUUUAUAGUUUAGUAGUUUUGUGCUGGAAUAUGAAUCACUGUCUAUUAACGCUGAUUUAAUGAAUCAAGGUUCAUUAAAUCAUUAGUAGGCUACGUUGACACAACACAACGCCGGUUUCCUUCCAAAGACGAGCGCGUUUAAUUUUUGGCGGUUUUAUCUAACGUCAUUACAUUAACGUUACCGGUUUACUCGCGUUAAGGACGAGAAGGCGGUUAUGUUUCACUUUCAGUCGCUUUUUAAGAGGGAAGAGAUGGAGCAGUUUCUGGGUUAUGGGGCUGGUCUUCACACUGAGGGAAGGAUGGAUGAGUUUUACUCUCCUGUCGUUUUUGCAGCUGUGGACUAACAGUGAUUGAACCACGGUAAAAAGUGACUGGUAAAAGGACUGAACAGAGCUUUGCAUUCUGAAACAGUUAAGAUGAUGGAAAAACCAAACACCAUUCAGCCUCAACAUGCACCAGUUUAUCCUGAGGUACCUUGUGAAUCAUCACAGGUGUGUCACUGCUAACAUUUGCGACCCCUGAAUAAUUUCUACAGUUUGAUUCACAUCCAGAGGGAAGCUAACUGGAGGAACGUCAUGAGGCCUACAGGUCUAAGUCCAGCGGUUGCACAGCUGGACCAGUGUGGCCUUGUGAACAAUGAUGAAAAAUACCUGUCUUCUUUAAACCAAGCUGUUCACAUGGAAGCUCUGAAGAUGUGGAGCUUGUCUGAGUCGCCUGUGUCGAUAACAACAGAUGAUUUCGAUUUGGUCUGUUCCACAGAAAGAACCAUUGUGUCCUAUAUCAGCAGCGCAAAGAGUGACACGUCGGUUGUAGAUAACCUAUCGCACGUGAGUGACACAUUGUCCCCUUCCUUAUUCUGCUCCUCCCUGUCCACGUCAUCUUUCAGUGCCUUCUCUCCAUCCUUCUCCUCUCCUUCCUCAAGCCACUCAUCUGGCUCAAUGUCAGAGCUGUGUUUGACUUCUCCAUCUCUUUCGACUCUCUGCGGUCCACCUGAGGCCCAGGACCUUCUCUACAGUUGCACACCACAGAAACCUCCAGAAGGAUGUUUGUAUCCCAAGUCUCCUAAACAAGAACCUGUUGCUGAAUUCCAUCUUUGUAACGAGAAGCUUCUGCACAAGGAAGAUCUCCUUCAGUAUCUCUGCACUGACACAGAUGCAGCCAAAGAACAAAGCCAGCAUCUUAACCUUCACAAUACUCAGACAGAAGUGUCAGAAAAGCUUCCUACACUGCAGCAGUUGAAGAAUGAUCUGGGACUGAGUGGGCUUCCUGGGGCUGAGGGAAUGAAUGAACACCUGAGUGAAGAACAGCCGUGCAGAUGGAUGGAUUGUAGGGCUACCUAUGGGCUGAAAGAAGAACUGGUGAGACAUAUAGAGAAGGUUCACAUAGAUCAGCGAAAAGGCGAGGAAUUUACCUGCUUCUGGGCAGGAUGUGUCCGUCGGCACAAGCCCUUCAAUGCUCGAUACAAACUGCUCAUUCAUAUGAGAGUCCAUUCUGGUGAAAAGCCCAACAAAUGCAUGUUUGAAGGCUGCAAUAAGGCAUUUUCCCGUCUGGAGAACUUGAAGAUCCACCUGCGCAGCCACACCGGAGAGAAGCCCUACAUUUGCCAGCAUCCCGGCUGUCUCAAGGCCUUCAGCAACUCCAGUGAUCGAGCCAAACAUCAGCGCACACAUCUGGACACGAAACCGUAUGCAUGUCAGCUCCCAGGGUGUACCAAACGUUACACCGACCCCAGCUCAUUGCGCAAACACGUCAAGGUCCACUCCAGUAAAGCCCUGCAGGCACAGGAAAAGGUCCAGCUAUAUAAUAAGGUGGAGCAGGAAGUUGGGGAUGUGUGCCUUGGCUUGCAGCAUCUUCAUGGCUCCGCUCCUUCAGUACAGAGUCCAGACCAUAGGCGUCCUGCUUCCCUCAGUGAGAUUCAUCAGGAGGGUUUUACUGUCUACCCUGAGGAAGAUGAAUCCUGUAGCAGAGCCUUAUCUCUGGAGCAGCCUCGCAGACACGGCAGCAUCAGCCUCCACAACCAUCUGCACAACAACAAGCUCAGUCAGCCGAGACUUUCUCCACUGGUUUGUGGAAUCAACCUGGUCAGUGGUACCAAUGAGGUUCAGUCUGUCUCUGACAAACACAGCUCCUUCCCAAACCCACAUCAAAAACUCAACCAGAUGUUUCAUGAAGUACCAGUAAAUCACCAUGUUUUCCAGGCCACUUUUAAUCGAGUUGAGCCGAUUUACUGCAAUGGAAGAGAUGAUCUGCAUAAUUUUGACCAAAAUGGAUUUCCUUUUACGUGUGUGAACUCUUCUGGCUACAGUCUAUCCCAGGACAUACAGUCGGGGGGUAAUCGCCUCACUCCCUGUCCCGUUCCAGUUGGGAUCUAUGAGCGCUGCCUCAGUCAGAUCUGUUCUCUCUAGACUUCAGACACACCUUCGGUCCACUGCACCUGAGAGCAGCAGCACAGGAACAACAGGAAAGCAUGGGCCUUUGAGGAAGUGCAGUUGUGAAUGAAGACUCUUUAAAGAGAACUGUAUGAGGCAAUAUCCUCUGAGAGUUUCCUCGAGCCGUUCAUCAAAAAUCAGAGAAACUCCUCAGAUCGGACACUAAUGAUGAUGUUACAGCCUUGUGUUUUAAUGUUAAAUAGACACUGUAAUUUUCUCUUUAAGUGUGCACAGAGAAUGUGGAGGAGAGAUGCUGUUUACAUUGAGUUGGUAGCAUGACAUUUCUUGGUUUUGGUGUAUUUUUUAAGCAUUAUAUUCUAUCUCAUAAUAUGUGAUGUUAGUGUCACCUCAUACGAUGUAACAUUUUGCUUUCUUUCUCAAUUAAAUUAGAGACAAUUUAA